AUGCGACGCACAUCAAUUGGCUUUCUAAUCCAUGGAUUCUCGUUGAAGCUUGGGCAGCCUGACACUAUCCCAGUCCACGUGCUUCCUUCGGGUAGCAUUGCAGCUAGGCACAGGAAGGGUGUUACAGCUGAACGAUUUAUUUUAAUUUUAGAACCAUAUGUCGGCUCACCUCCGUUGCCAAGACGUCAAGACUAG